GCACUUGUACUGGGCAAUCUGGAAGCGACGGACCCGUCUCAUCAGCUCAGUACUGCAAGGGAAGCAAAGGCACCAGCGCUUGACUCUUCAGUGUGGAGAGUAACUACGCUCCUGGGCCAUCUAAGGAAACAAUCAUACACUGCAAGGAAGCCAUAGAUACUGCACGGCGCACAGAGCCUGGCCACCGUAGAUGCACCCGUCAGAGAGGGCUUUAGUGAGGGGCUAAACGGGAGAUCACAAAUCGAGGGCCCGGCCGCCGCCGCCGCCGCCGCCGCCGCCGCCGCCGCCGCCGCCGCCGCCGCCGCCCUGCAGGCUCUCGUCGGUUCCCGCGCCUUGCUUCUUUAUCCCCGGCGCGCGGGCCAAUCGGGAGCCGGCGCCGCCGGCCCGGAGCCAAUCAGCGUGCGGCUGUGGGACCGGCGGGAGAUUUGACCUCAGCCCGCCCCCUCGUGGGAGGGACCGGGAACGCGCGCACCAGGCUCAGCUCACCAGGGCGGUGGGCGCGGCUCCCAGGGACGGGGCCUGACCAGAGCCCCGCCCUCCUGGCAUAAAAAGGCGGCCCGGCCCCCUGUCGGCUCGUACACAGCGGGAUGGACGGGAUGGACGACUUGGACGGAGGUCCUGAGGGCGGGGCUCCCUGGAAGAGGAUGUCUAAAGAGGAGCUGGAGAAUCAGUACUCUCCCAGCAGAUGGGUCGUCCGACUGGGAGCAGAGGAGGCCUUGAGGACCUACUCACAGAUAGGAAACGAAGCUACCAAGAGGGCCCAGGCCACCGGGAGGAACCUGCUCGAUGUCCCCUAUGGAGAUGGCGAAGGGGAGAAACUGGACAUCUACUUUCCUGAGACAGUGUCUGAAGCCUUGCCGUUCCUCGUGUUUUUUCAUGGAGGAUACUGGCAGAGCGGAAGUAAAGACUCGUCAGCCUUCAUGGUCGGCCCACUGACAGCACAGGGAGUGGCUGUGGUGAUAGUGGCCUAUGACGUUGCCCCCAAAGGCACCCUGGACCAGAUGGUAGCCCAGGUGACCCAGAGCAUCGUGUUUGUCCAGAAACAGUAUCCAGGCAACCAGGGAAUUUACCUGUGCGGACACUCAGCUGGGGCUCACCUCGCCGCCAUGAUGCUCCUGGCCAACUGGACCAAGCAUGGAGUCACGCCCAACCUCAAAGGCUUCUUCCUGGUGAGUGGGAUCUAUGACCUGGAGCCUGUCAUGCACACCUCUGAGAACACCUCUCUCCUCACAACCCUGGAGGAUGCUCAGAGGAACAGCCCACAGUGGCACCUGAAGACAGCCCCGACACAGCCUGUGGAUCCAGCCUGCCGCAUCCUGGUGACUGUGGGCCAACACGACAGCCCCGAAUUCUACCGACAGUCCAGGGAACUUUAUCAGACUCUGCGCCGAGGAGGGUGGAAAGUCUCCUUUGAAGAGCUCCAUGAUGUGGAUCACUUUGAAAUCCUUUGGAACCUAACCCAGAAGGACUACGUGCUCACCCAGCAAAGAAAACCAUCAACAAAAUGAAAAGACGACCUACUGAAUGGGAGAAAAUAUUUGUAAAUGAUACGAUGGGUAAGGGGUUAAUAUUCAAAAUAUAUAAACAGCUCAUACAACUCAACAUCAUAAAGACAAACAAGCCUAUUAAAAAAUGCGCAGAACUGAAUAGACAUUUUUCCAAAGAAGAUAUACAGAGGGCCAACAGGCACAUGAAAAGAUGCUCAACAUCACUAAUCAUCAGGGAAAUGCAAAUCAAAACCACAGUGAGGUAUCACCUCACACCUGUCAGGAUGGCCAUCAUCAAGAAGACCACAAACAAAUGUUGGCAAGGCUGUGGAGAAAAGGGAAUCCUCCUACACUGUUGGUGGAAAUGUGAAUUGGUACAGCGACUGUGGAAAACAGUAUGGAGGUUCCUCAAAAAACUGAAAAUAGAACUACCAUAUGACCCAGCAAUUCCACUCCUGGAUAUAUACCUGAAGCAAAUGAAAACAUUAAUUCGAAAAGAUACAUGCACCCCAAUAUUCACAACAGCAUUAUUUACAAUUUCCAAGAUAUGGAAGCAACCUAAGUGUCCAACAACAGAUGACUGGAUAAGGAAGAUGUGAUACACACACACACACACACACACACACACACACACACACAUAUAUAUAGACAGAAUGGAAUACUACUCAGCUAUAAAAAAAGAAUGAAAAUUUGCCAUUUUCAGCAACAUAGAUGGACUUGGAGGGCAUAAGUGAAAUGAGUCAGAGGAAGACAAAUACUGUGUGUUAUCACUUAUCUGUGGAAUCUAAACAGUAAAACAAAUUAGUUAAUAUAAAAAAAAAAGAAACAGACUCACAGAUCUAGAGAACAACCUAGUGGUUACCAGUGGGGAGAAGGAAUUUGGGAGGGGCAAGAUAGGGGCAGGAGAUUAAGAGGUAUAAACUAUUAUGUAUAAAACAAAUAAGCUGGGGCUUCCCUGGUGGCGCACUGGUUGAGAGUCCGCCUGCCGAUGCAGGGGACACGGGUUCAUGCCCCGGUCCGGGAAGAUCCCACAUGCCGCGGAGCGGCUGGGCCCGUGAGCCAUGGCCGCUGAGCCUGCGCAUCUGGAGCCUGUGCUCCACAACAGGAGAGGCCACAACAGUGAGAGGCCCACGUACCGCAAAAAAAAACAAACAAAAAAACAAAGACCCAACGCAGACAAAAACAGAUAAUUGGGGGAAAAAAACCUUAUGGAAAAGACCUAAGCAGCUGAAGUUUUCAGUAAAAUAAAAAUUUAAAUGGUAAAAGUUGGAAUAUGUUGGUGCCAAAUAGAAAAUGAAUCACAGAAAUACGUUGACUUGAUGGUGUUUGAUCCAGAAGAUAUAUAGUUUUAUUUAUUUAUUGGCCACGCCACCAGGGAUUGAACCUGUGCCCUCGGCAGUGAAAGCAUAGAGUCCUAACCACUUGACUGCGGGGGAGUUCCCUGGAAGAUAUAUAUUUUUAUACAGAUGCUAUCAGUAUUGAUAGAACUCUGAUUAAAAUAUCCUAGGAUGAAAAAGGCAGGGUCAACAUCCACCCAGACAAGAUGGCGGAGCAAACCGUGUCCUGGUCUGAUGAUUGUGAGGACAGGUUGGCAAUAUUAAAAAAUGUCAAAAGACACACACACACUUUCCCAGCAAUCCUGCUUGCAGAUGUUUAUGCUACAGGCAUAGUUGCACAUGUUUGUGUGUCUGUCUGCUGUAGUACAAUUCAUAAUAGCAAAAGAAAAAAAUUGGAGAUACCCAAUGGGAAAUUUGUUAAUUGGAAUUAGGGUAGACCAUCCAAUAAACACCAUGCAGAUAUUAUAAAACAUGUUGAGAUCUCUAGGUGCCGAUAAAGCUGAGAUGUGCUGUUACCUGAAAAGACAGGAUGCCAAGUGGUGUAUGAACACACACACACACACACACACACACACACACACACCUGGAAGUAUACAUAGAAACUGCUGAAAAGUUUCUUUCUGCUAGAGGUCUUUGGGGAGAGGAAGACUUCCUUCCCAUUGCAUGAUUUUUGCUUUUACAGCAUUGAUGUGUCACUCUUACAGUAGAGGAAAAAUGUGUUCACAAAAGUUUUGGUGAGACUAGAUGGCCAUAAGGUAAUAUCUAGCAUUGAUGUUUUAUGAUCUCAAAACAGUUUUGUCUGAUCAUCACAGUAUCCAUCAGGAUUUGUGGCCAACUAUUUGAAAAUCCAGAAAGUUCACAUAAAAAUGCAAAUUUGCCUUUGUGAUAAAUAUAUUUUUGGUCUUUGUCCCCGAUUCCUGGCACACAGCUCCUAAAAAACCUUUGGAAUCUCCAGAGUGAUAGGAGCGUCUUUUGUUCUAAUGAGCAACCCCUAGAUGCUUCUGGCUGGGGCUGCUGGCCAUAAAGACCAAGCCUUCAUUAGAAGCUUCAGAAGCUUCACUCCCAAUCUUCAGAGAGUGGAGAGGAGCUGGUGAUUCAAUUAAUCACCAAAGGCCAAUGAUUUGAUCAACCAAGCCUGUGAAACCUCUAUAAAAAC